AUCUUGAAUAUUAGUAUCACAUUUAGCAGCAAAUAAUUUCUACCAUCGGUCUACCCUCCCGCAGCGCUGACCAUAUCUGCUUCCGUUCAGUUUUUUUUUUUUCUCUCGUCUAGGUUGUGCAUAGAAGCCGGGCGGAAACAAACGUUAGCAAUGACUAAUUCCGACGGCGUCCCGCUGGGAAAUCACUCCUCCGACGGCUGGAAAAGACGCAUCAUUAUUCCAACAUUACUCGCAGGGGUGAUUGGUGGAGCAGCCGGACUGGUCUCCAAAAACAGGAAGACUUUUGGCGUCGCUAACGUCUCUGCAACUUAUGCCACCAACCUGGCCAUCGUCGCUGCAUUCUAUUGUGGAGCACGUGAACUUGCAAGAGAUGCUCGCAAAUCAGAACCAGAUGAUCUAGUUAAUUCAGCGGUUGGGGGAUUUGCUAGUGGAGCUCUGCUUGGCCGGCUUCAAGGUGGCCAGUUUGGAGCUAUCCGUUACUCUAUCAUUAUUGCAGUUGCUGGAACAGCUUUCGACUUUUCUUUACUGAAGCUAAGCCCUGUCCUGCAGCACUUCAUUCGAAAAGUACCUGAAGAGAGAUCCCAGAAAAAUGUUGGCCGGUCAAGCUGGUGGAGAAUACCUGAGUGGUCUCCAAUUCAGAUAUUGGAUGAAGAAGCUCUGGCUGCAAAGCGGGCUCGUGAGGAAAAAAAUUAUGCUCAUAGAAUGCUAGACAAACCAAAAGAAGAAUCUUGAAUGCUUGAAGGGUCUUGGGGACCUUUUUUACUUGAUUAUCUCUUACAUUGCGGCUCUGGUUGAGUAUCUUUGGACUUUUCUUUCAGCCUACUAUUUGCUGGUGGCGUAAGAUUGGGUUGAUUACUACCAAUUAAGUUUUCGUGAUUUGUGGUGAAAAGACUGAAGAGUUAUUAUAUCAUAUGGAGAGGAAGAUAAAUUCUACUCAAAGAUUCAUCAAAUUCCAUCAAGAAUUGGGAGAUCACAUAUGCGGGAUAAACUGUUAAAAUUUGAAUAUAUAAGUCUGUAAUUUGACAAUGAGCCUUCUACUUGUGUUGUGCAUUUGUAGUGGAACAUAAGUUGUAAUAUAUGUUGGUACCAAUAAUUUUUGGGCAUAUAAAAAAAAUAUUAUGAUGUAAGAAACGUCAUAUUUUUUGGAGACCCGGAUGUCUGUUUGUUAUUGCACUGUGUUUAUGUUUAAUAUUUGUUUCAAAGUUUUAUAAACCA